AUGAUUACUAAGAAAACAAAUAUAGCAAUUCGUAUAGGAAAAUACGUUCCGGAUUAUGUAAAAUGUAAUAAUGAAUGGAAUUCUUUUCGUCGCGAUUAUCCAUCUAUUGCAAAUAUUUAUAACCAAAACAUCGUUAAUAGCGAAGGAUACUUAAUAAUAUCAACUAUUGAUCGUGAAAAACGAGCUACUGCUGUAGCAUUACACGAAAAGGCUUCUGACCUUUAUAAUAAGGGUAAUAAUGAAGCAUCGGAAUUCACUAGAAAAAACGCCUUAAAACUUUUUAUAGAAAGUAACGAUUUUUAUUGGAUAGGAUAUUAUCAUUUCGAAUGCUAUGCCGAUCUCAAAAAGCAUCCACUUGCGCCACGUAUGUUUUUCAUGUUAUCGGCGUAUAUUCAAGAUGAUUCAGGUGGUAUGAUUAGAUAUUUUUCAGAUAUAAAGGAUAGACUUGAAUAUACUAGAGUUCAACCACAACGAAGAUUAUUACAAAAUGAAUCUGUAAUGAUAUUAACUCGAGCAUCUGACAAAGGUGACAUUACAGCUUCGCGUCUUCUAGGAAAAAUAUAUUUUAAAGGAAUAUUUAAUCGUGAAAAAAAUUAUCACCUAGCAGACCAUUAUUUAAGUCACGCAGUAGCAGAAAGAGAUUAUGAAGCAUAUGAGCUUAGCUUAGAAUUAGCAGAAAAAAUGAAAGAAAAUAAAUUGUUUAUUAAACUAACUAUAAUUUAA